GCGGGGUCGCACACUACUGGGACAACGGCGGCAACUUCGGCGUUCCACAGCCGCCUCAGCAGCGGCUCAACGCCCAAGCGGCGCAGCUCAGCACCAGCAAGGUGCCGCCCUACUGGACUCCAGAGCUGGAGCUCCAGGGCUACCCGUUUAGGACGUACCUACAGGACGUCCGCAUCUGGAGCAGCUCUUCGGAGCUGAACGUCGAGGCCCAGGGCGGCGCGGUGGUCCAGCGCCUUGGCGGCGUGGCCCGGUCGUUCGCCCGGGACGUGGACCCGGAGAUCCUGCGCAACGGCCGCUUCCAGCUCGACAACAUGGGCCAGCAGGUCUUCGACCUCCAGGGGAACCCGGUCGUGGUCUCGGGCCUUGAGUUGCUCCUCAACGGCCUCGCCCGGAAGUUCGGAGCCAGGGAGUUCGAGACCUCGGUCUCCUCCGUGAUCGAGCUUCUCACCUUCCGCCGGACCCCGCGCGAGCCUAUCGACGACUGCUUGGGCCGCUUCGAGCUCAUCCGCAAGCGGGCCAACGAGCUCGGCGACUUCCAGAUGGGCGUGGGCGGCCUCAGCUGGAUGCUGCUCCACCAGCUGGGCAUCCACAAGAUGCACUGGCCGCUGCUGCUGUCCGCCCACCAGGGGCGGUUCCCACGAGACGAGCCGGGGUUCGAGGCGCUCUUGACGCAGAUUCGGGACCAGUGUCAUCUGUUGGAGCGCUCCCACGCCGGCGCCAGGACCCUCGAGGAAGGCUGGCGCUUCCCGGCGCACACCGGUUCGUACUGGACCGGACCGUCGGCAGCGACGGGCGCUGACGGCUUCGGCGACGGUCCCGGCAUGGACGCCUUCGCGGCGUGCAGUGGAGGCGAGGCAUCUUACGAUGCAAGCUACUACGGCGAGCCCGACUCCGAGAGCGAGGACGAAUUCGAGGGCACCGACGCCGAGAACUUCGAGUACUACGGCGACCUCUCCAACGUCACCUACGACGAGGUGCGCCACCAGUACCUGGUGGCGAAGAGGCGCUUCCGGAGCCCUGCUAAGGGCGGCGGACGCGGCCACAACCCGUUCGCCGGCGGCCACUACAUGCAGGGCGGGCCCAUCAACUCCAAGUCCCUGGCCGGCGGCAAGGGUCGCGGCAAGGGGCUCCACGGCGCGCAGGCCGGAGUCCGCAAGCUGAACCCGAUCGGCGCGGACGGCAAGCGCCUGCUGUGCCACGAGUGCGAGUCCGACCAGCACCUCAUCAAGGACUGCCCGCGCCAGUGGCACCACUACGCCGACCCCAACGCGGGCUGGGCCAACUCCAUGGCCGGCGGUUGUGCCAGCUCCUGCGGCGCUGGCGGACUCUGUGGUGUAUCACCGUCGCCAGGGGCGCACUUCCACUUCGCUACGCCUGCUGCUCCUGAGGCGCAGGACCCGCACCAGUACCCCGUCCAGUUGGAGAUGGACGACUCGUGUUACAUGUGCGAGGCUGAUGUUGAUGUGGAAGGCGCGCCGGCGGUAGCAAAUGCACCGCAGCUGGGGUCAGCGGUAGCCAACGCACCGCAGGCAGCAGCACCAGGGAAGGGCAAGGGCAACGGCAAGUCUAAGACGCCCUGGCGUGAUCCAUGCCCGGACGAGCGUCCCAGGACGUCACUCCUGUUCCCCUGGUGGCAUCAGCCCACGGAGGUCGAGGAGAACACCGACAGGUACUCCUACCUGGUGAAGCUGACCGAUCGCGACGGCGAGGCGCUCCUGGUUGAUCCCGGAUCUCCCGACAACCUCGUCGGAGAUCGUUGGUGCGAGCGUCAGGCACGGCUCAUCAGCCAGGCCGGACUCAGCCGACCGCAAUCUGAGCAGAUACCCACGUUCCGGGUCGGCGGAGUUGGGAAGCACGCGCAGGAGUGCAACCGCAAGAUCACCAACGCCAUUGGCCUGGAGGACGGCUCCGCGGGCUCAUAUGCGGCGCCGGUCAUUCCUGAUAGCGACGUGCCGGCCCUCCUCGGGCUCAAGUCGCUCACCAACCAGCGGGCGAUCAUCGACACCUACAACAACAAACUGUACCUUGUCGGCCCCGGCGGCUACACGAUCCAGAUGAGCCCCGGCAGCAAGGUGCACGACCUCAAGAGGUCCAACACCGGCCACCUGCUGUUGCCGUGCUCCGAGUUCGGCAAGAACCAGCGGGCGGUUCGGCGCGUGGACUGCCUGUUCAAGCUCAUCGGGGAGCGUGCCGACCGAGUCAACCUGCAGUUGCACAGUGACCGACCUGAGCUGCUGUGGGCUAAUGACAUCAAUGUGGGCACGCCCCGAGGCAGCAGGCGUGACAGGCAGGCCAUCAGGAUUUUCGUCAGAUUGGCCAGGACGCAGCUCGCGCUCGGCCAGCACUUCGUGCUCGACGCAAACUCCAGCAGCCUGAUCUGGGAUCAGGACGGAUAUCGGAAACCCGAUGAGCCUGACACUGAGCGAAUCCGAAUCGAAGCUCUCAUGGCCGAGGGUACCAACAGGACCCUCGAGGCCUUCCCGACUGAACAGCGGGAGCGAGCCAAGGCUGAGGCAGCCCUGGCCAAGGCUGCGGGCACCGCGCCCGUCGGGAAGCGCAAGAAGCCCCAGGUCGUCGAGCAGCACUUCGACGACUGCGGCUCCGACCUCACGCCCUUGCUCUGGGUCGACCGGUUCGACGACGACCGCUUCCAGCAGCUCUUGGAUGCUCCGGAGGUGGACGUCGUGGAGAUCAUGUUCGGCUUCGGCCGGACCACGGAGAUCCUCGUCCACCGCAACUGCGUGGGCGGCCUCAACUUCGACUACAUCGCGGGCUUCGACCUGACGAAGGACAAGGACAUCGCCUACCUUCGGAAGUACCUGAGGCGCUGGUCAGCCCUCAACCGCACCAUCAACCACGAGAAGUGGGUGGAGUCCAGGCGCGUGUCCUUGCACCUCGGCGAGCUCUGUGCCGCCAUCGCGGAGUACCAGCUCAGACGGGGUCGUCACUUCAUCGUCGAGAACCCCGUGGGCUCGGAGCUCUACCAGAUGGACCACUGGGUAGACUUCAAGCGCAGGUACGACCUGGCCGUGGUCAGCACACGGAGAUGUGGGCCAGCGAUGGUCGUCUGCUACGGCGUCUUGCAGCUCGUCAGUGCGAUGGGCGGCAUCAGCGCGCUGUACUUGGUUCUCGGCAUCGGCGACCAGGUGGACCAGCGCCGGCUGCGGGGCGUCAUCCCCGGGGCCCUCGAGUCCCGCGAUGCGGCCGACGGCCUACCGCCUCCAGUAGCCAAUGCACUGGAGCGCGCAGCUCGUAGAGGGCGCGGCGUUGCUGUCGCCGCCCAAGCCGGACUCAGCGACGACACGGAGUGGGUGGCCUUCGACAUCGGCAGGGCCAUUCAGCUGCUCCAGAACACCGAUGUCGCCAUCGUCCGCAGGACCCUCCGGCGGCUCCACAUAAGGUUCUGGCACGCUUCGGCCGCCAGGAUGCGAGAGCUGCUGCAGCGAGCGGGAGCUCCUCAUCGAGCUCUCAAUCUCUGCAAGGAAAUCGUCGAGACAUGUAGGUCAUGCCGCAUGUGGGCCCGACCAGGCCCCAAGUCCAUCACGGCGACGCUCCGGCUCGCCUCGGCAUUCAACGAGGUGGUGCAGUGGGACAUCUUGUUCCACAGGACGAUCAUGAUCAGCCACCUCCUGGACGAGGCCAUCAGAUUCUGUGCAGCCUCGAGCCUGGCCGACAAAAAUGCGGCCUCUAUCAUCGCGGCCAUCGCGGUGGACUGGCUGCGCCCUCUGGGUCCCAUGCGGGUACUCGUAGCAGACCAAGAGGGAGGCCUCAUGUCGGACGAGGCGGCGCAGUGGAUGGACCGCUGGCAGAUCCAGCUUCGGUCCAAGGAACCUGGAGCGCACGCCCAGAUAGUUGAGCGUCAUCACGACAUUUUACGUCGACUCCUGCUCCGAGUGGAGUCCCAGCUGAACGAGGAGGGCAUCAUCAACGUCCCGCUGGAGAUGAUAGUCGCGGAGUGCUGUCUCGCCAAGAACCUCCUCAUCAGCAUCGGCGGCUACUCGCCCUAUCAGGCCCUGUAUGGCCGAUUGCCGCCCAUCAUGGCUGAAUUCGAGCCUGCCUCGGAGACUCAGCUGGACGAUAUGUCAGCAGGAGUCCCAGGAGUGAGUCGACAUCAUCAUCGACUUCGAGAAAUUGCCGUGCAGUCCAUGGUGGAUCUCACGGCCAAGCAGCGCAUCGAGCGGGCCAUGCGCGCCCGAACUCGGCGCACGACCGAGUCGCUCAUGCUGGAGCCGGGCGACCUCGUCGACUUCCAUCGACCUCCGACGUCCACGGACGACAGCGGUUGGCGUGGACCAGCCACGGUGAUCAACGUCGGCAGCGGCACGGUGACCAUCCGAUGGCAAGCGAGGUUCAUGCAGUGCCGGACGCAGGACAUCAGGCGCGCCCUGGUCUUCCUGAGCAUGCUGACCCACCACGCCGGAGAUAGGCCGGGCCUGUUGCCGACUCAGGUCCUGACGACCUUUACCGACUCGCUCAGCAAGCAGAUGAUCCGGUUGGGCUGGGUGCUACGCGGGGUGUGGCACCGCGUCAGGGCCAACGCGAAGUACGGCGAGGUGCUCUCGGCUCUCCUACACGUGGCGGCCUGCGGAUUCCACCUCGUGGGUGGACGCGUUGGUCACGGCAUCUCCGUCCUCGAGGGCGUGGAGGAGGUCGACAACAGCUUUCUCUGGUGGUGGCGUGAAGGCCGGCCUGGCCUCUCAUGGUAUCUGCACUCCCCUGGCACGGCCAGGAUCAAACUGACCGAGGUCUUCGGCCAGGACUGGCAGAACACGUCCUUCGUCGAGUUCCUGCUGGCCGGCGGUGACCAGGUGGAAGAUCUGCGGCGCAUGGAGGUGGACGUGCCCAACAUCGGUGGACCUCACGACCGUGAGGCGGUCGACUUUCCCGUCCCCGACAACGACGACGACGACUCGCAGGUUACGAUCGACUACGGUGAGCAGGAUCUGUUCGUGGACUCUUGUGGGUUGGAAAGCUAUCUUACUGAGCAUUGGAUGACCGACUCCGGCAUCAUCGACGUCUUCACCGACCAGCUGAGCAGCUGCGGCCCUAUCGAGAUGCUGGACGCAUUCCCUAGCAUGACCGAGGCCCCCGACGCCGUGCACGACAGUGGCUAUAACCUCGUGGCCUCGGAAUGGCCUCUGCCGUAUCACGAUCAGGAAAUUUCCGAUUAUGGACCGCUAGCGACAGGCAGCGGCGCCAGCGAGUCCUAUGGCACCUGCGCCCAGGGCGCCAGCCAGGCAGCGCUCAUCGAGAGGGAGUACAACAUCCUCUCGCUGGACGAGGCGUUCGCCGACGAGGAAGCCGUUGAGCAGGCCGUGUUGGACGAGCUCGAGCGCUGGCGCGGCCUGGAGUCGUUCAGACGACAGCCUCGCUCAGAGGCCCGGAACAUCUUGGACGCCAGGUGGGUCCUAAAGUGGAAGCUCAUGCAGUUGGCGCGGCCGAUCGCGGGGCAGAAGGCUGCCAUCGAGAAGGUGCGGCAGGUCAAGGCCCGCAUGACAGUGCGCGGCUACCGCGACGCCCAGGCGGCGGACAUCGCCACCUUGUCCGGCACCACGUCUCGCUGGGGCCAGCGCCUAGUUGUGAUCAGCGCCGUGCAGGCAGGCUGGGACCUGUUCAGCCUGGACGUCUCACAGGCUUUCCUGCGUGGCAUGCCGUACUCUGAGCUGGCCAAGCCUGACGGCGAGAUUUCCAGAGACGUGUCGUUCACGGUGCCACCCGGGAGCAUCCCUCUCCUUCAGAAGCUUCCGGGCUACGCCGACUUCGACGGCCGGACGGAGGUCCUGAAGAUGCUCCGGCCGGGCUUCGGGCUCAAGGACGCGCCCAGGAUGUGGAACCUGGUGCUCGUCAAAACCUUGGCGGAGUUCGGGCUGCGCCCGACCGCCACCGACCCUCAGCUGUUCGUGAAGCACGACUCUUCGGGACAGCUGCAGCUCAUCGUCUCCGCGCACGUUGACGAUUUGAAGGGAGCCGGCGAGGUCAAGGUGCGCGACGCCUUCAUCGCCCACCUCGAGACCGAGUUCGGCAAGUUCAAGCACGAGUCCAAGUCGUUUGAGCACGUCGGCAUCACUCGCUCUCAGCAGCCGGACGGCAGCAUCUGGUUGCACCAGCACGAGUACGCCAAGACGCUGAGCCUGGUCGAUAUUGCCAGGUACCGACACGAGGACCUGGAUUCACCAGCACCAACUGGGCUGGUCACAGCUUAUCAGGCACUUUUGGGCGGCGUGGCUUGGAUGUGCAUGACGAACAUCGCGUGCUGUGUCUACGCCAGCUACCUGCAGCGCCACUCCAAGAGCCCUACGUUUGCAGCGGAGCUGCAUGCAGCCCUAGAUGCCCUGAACCAGGCUAUGAUUGUGCAGACAGCUCUGCAUGAGGUCGCCUGCGGUGUGGCGAAACCGUCACAGCUACUCGAUCUUCGCAUGCAAUCCGCCUUGCACCCCGCGUUGGGGCUGUGUUUAGAUGCGCGUUCCGUCUUCGACGCCGUAACGGCGAGCACGGUCAAGGUACCGGCAGACAAGCACCUCUUCCUGCAUGUGCUCAAGCUGCGCGAAUUCCUAGACACCCGGCAGCUCCGGCACUUGUGGUGGAUAGACACCCGCAUGAUGCUGGCGGACGGCCUUACCAAGGGGUCCGUCGACCGGGAGGCGCUGACCGCAGCCUCAGAGGCCAAGUGGAGCCAGGCCGGGCUCCCACUAGUGU